AUGUUUCGAGGAUUUUUCGGCCGACGUUCGCGAUCGGUAUGGGUUCGCCUCACGUAUCUUUGCAUAGUCACUAUAAUAUUUCUAUUCGCUACAUCUCAGUUCAAAGGUACAGCAACCCACGCAAGAUUUGUUCCAGAACCGAUCCAACCAGUUCACUCUAUAGAUCGAGCCGCAGAUCCACGGAUACCACUAAACCUAGAACCACCAAAUCUCAAACAAGAAGAAGUAGAUGAACGCUUGAAUUUAGAUGUUCAUAAUCCGACUAGUAAUGCGAAAUUGUCAACCAGGAAACUCACAACUGAACAGAAAACAACAAAGCCAGCUCAAAAUAUCAUUAUUAAUGGAGAAAAGUAUCCGAAGCUGACGCCAGAUGGAAAAUUAAUACCACAACGCCGAAUAGUUCAUUUAGAUCUGAAAGGAGCCCCAUACAAACCUCAGUAUUUCACUGAACUUUUUGCUUUUUUCAAUAGAAUACAAGCCACUGGAAUACUUCUGGAAUGGGAAGACAUGUUUCCAUUUAAAGGACGACUCGCUGGCGCAGUUAAUAAAAACGCAUAUAGUAUGGAAACCGUGGAGACGAUAUUGAAAGAAGCUCAAAAACAUCGCCUGCAUAUUAUUCCGCUUGUUCAAACAAUGGGACAUCUAGAGUGGAUUCUGAAGUUGGAACAAUUUUCUCAUUUGAGGGAAGAUGCUAGAUUCCCUCAAGUCAUUUGCUUCUCGGAUGAUGAUGCGUGGGACUUGCUCAAGGAAAUGAUUGAAGAAGUAGCCGAAGUACAUAAAAAGUAUGGAAUGCCUUUCUUCCAUAUAGGAGCAGAUGAAGCUUUCCAAAUUGGUAUAUGCAAUGCCAGUGUCACCCAAAUUCAAAAAGAAUAUUCUAAAGAGCGUCUGAUGCUUUGGCAUAUUGCAAGAACGGCUGAGUUUGUGAAGGACACAUAUUCGGAUACACAAGUUCUCGCAUGGCAUGAUAUGCUGAUCAGUGCAAUGGAAUCAGACAUUGAAGAUUACAAGCUGACAGAACUCAUACAACCGGUUCUUUGGAACUAUGCCGAGGACCUCGAUGUUUAUCUCCCAAGGUCUACAUGGAUGAUGCUAAGAAAUUUCGGAAGUGUUUGGGGAAGCUCUGCGUGGAAAGGAGCGGAUGGUCCAGCAAGAUACUCAACUAAUGCUAAUCAUUAUGUGAAGAACCACGAAUCAUGGAUAAAACAAUACACAAUGGCUUAUCAAGAUUUUAAUGUCUUUGAAGGUCUCAUUAUGACCGGUUGGUCGAGAUAUGAUCAUUUUGCUGUUCUCUCGGAAACUAUCCCAGUGGCUCUCCCAACUCUCGCAAUCAGUAUGGAAACUAUACUCGAAGGUCGUCCAUUGCUCAGCAACCACCCAGUUACUGCAGAACUUUUACAAUGUUCUCCUCCCCUUGAUCUUGGUUUUACUGCUUCCGGAUGCCGCUUUCCUGGAAGUCGUAUCUACGAACUUGUGAACGAUAUGUAUCAAAAACAAAUGCAACUCCGAACAUACCGACAAGAUGACUACGAACUGAAUGGAUGGUUAUCAAGAGUUUCUGAUGAAUAUUCAGUUUCCAGUCAUUGGUAUAUAGAUAAAAUCGAACAGAUGAUAGAAAUGCACGCCGCUCCACUGGAGCGUAUCGCCGAAGAUUUGAGAUUUGAAAUGGAAAAAAUAUUCUUCAAAGAUAUGAUCGACGAAUUCUUAUUCACUUACCUCGGAGAAGAUUUGGAAUGGUUGAACAAGAAACGUGCAACAAUCAAGACAAUCUCAACUUCAAAAAAAUUCCCAAAACGACCGUUUGUUGAAUCAGCCAUAUCGCGGAGUUCUGUAUCAGCGAAGUGUCGAUAG